AUGUUAACCUGGAUUCUCACCUUUACUACUCUCCUAAUCCUCACGCAAUCUUGGGCAUUGCCAACAGCUUCGUGGGCUGAAGAUAUUAAAAGCAGCUUGGAUUCAUCAUUAUGGGCCUCUGAGUUUGCUCAAAUCGAAUCUUUGACCCAAUUUGCUCUCAAAGCCACGCAGAAUAAUAUUGCAGAUCAUGGAACCGGCUGCACACUUGAAACUCUGAAGAUAAGACGAAACUGGAGACAAUUUAGUUCAGCAGAAAAGAAGGACUAUAUUCGAUCUGUUCUCUGUCUGCAAGCAUUGCCAUCGCGAACUCCCCCGGAGCUGGCCCCGGGAGCAAAGACUCGAUACGAUGACUUUGUGGCCACUCACAUGAACCAGACCGAGACUAUUCACCGUUCGGGGUUUUUUCUUGCCUGGCACCGAUAUUUUACCCACGAGUUUGAGCUGGCACUGCGAAAUGAAUGUGGCUAUAAUGGAGACUUCCCGUACUGGGAUUGGGGAGCUGAUGCUGAUUCCAUGGAAAAUUCGCCUGUUUUUGAUGGCAGUGAUACCUCUCUCUCCGGCAAUGGCGCAUACAUCCCAAAACAAAAGGGAGUUCGAGUUUCAAUAGGAAACUAUACACCUGUUUUCCUUCCACCUGGCACAGGAGGAGGCUGUGUGAAUAGUGGUCCCUUUGUUAAUUAUACCGUCAACAUGGGCCCAUCCUACCUGUCCAUACCGGGCGGCGAUAUUGUCUUUCGGCGCUUCCCACUCGACCAUAACCCACGCUGCAUGAAGCGUGAUCUAACUACUGCUGUUUUGCGAAGCCAGGACAUCAUGGAGUUUGAAACAUCCAUACAAGGCAAACCUGAGAGUGGGUCAAUUGGGCUCCAUGGAGGUGGACACUACGCGAUGGGUGGAGAUCCCGGUAAUGAUGCUGAUGGCAGCCCGGGGGAUCCUGGUUUCUGGCACCAUCACGGCAUGAUCGAUCGAGUCUGGUGGAUUUGGCAGAGUCUAGACUUGCCAAAUCGACAGUAUGCGGUUGCUGGCACCGAGACGUAUUUGAAUCAGCCUGCGUCUCCUGAUGUAACGCUGCAGACGACGGUGAAUGUUGGGUAUGUUAACGGGAAUCGGUCGAUCGCUAUGAAAGGUAUUAUGAGUACGACAGCUGGACCUUUUUGCUAUGCUUAUGUGUAA